UGAACAGACAUAAAAGCAACGGAAACAUUGUGAUUUCAUUCUGUUCCCGACACACAAUGGAUCUGCGAGUCUCUGUCGUUCUUCUUUUCAUUUUUCUCACUGGAGGAUAUUCUCUCCAGUGUUACGUGUGCACACCUGAUUGGACGGGUUACUGUCAAUUAAAAUUGGAGACAUGUCCAGAUGAUUGUUCUGCAUGUACAAGCUGUGAAGCGAGUCUGUCAAAUGGUUACAAAAACAUGACCUUCAGAAUGAAAGGGUGUGCAAGUCAAUGUCAAGAUGCGAAAAUACGGACACCAGAUGGUAUAUCAAUGGAGGUCCGCUGCUGUAAGAGUGACCGUUGCAAUGCAGCCAAUGCAGCAGAUGGAGUGUUUAAGGGAAGCUUCCUCCUGCUCUUCUCUCCUCUGCCCUUCUACUUCCUGUUUCAGUGAGUCCAGAUUCAAGACUUCAGAUUCAACAGUGAAGAUCAGCACAAAAAAUAUUCUUUCAUACACAGAAAAUGAGAUCCUUCGAGAAAGUAUAAGAUUACACAAGAGGUUAUAAACACACUUAUGCAUAAAUCAUGAAAAUGUGCUUGUGGUUGUUCAUCUAGUAGGUUAACCAAUCAAAUGUCUGAAAUUCUUAGAAGCAAUAUGACUAUUGUCAUGGUUUUUCUGUUUUGAUUUUGUUUUCAAGGUCUUUUAUUUUUCUUUCUAUUUGUUUCUUGUUUCCUGAGUUUGUAAAUUAAUAACUAAUGAUUUUUACAGUGGAAAUGAAUCAAUCAAAAACUUCCUUUAGCUGGAUAAUAACUUUUUUCUGGAUCUGCAGUACAGUCAAAACAAUCUCUGUUCCAGUAAUUUCCUAUUAUCACUGUAAAGCUGCUUUGAAACAAUCUGUAUUGUAAAAAGCGCUUUAUAAAUGAAGGUGACUAAACUUCAUUUUGUUC